AUGAUCAAUCGGUCCAGCGGAGAGAUUGGGAGAUUGUCCUUAUUCAACGUGGAAACCACGGUGAAAGUGGUUCUCAACGACGUGUUCGUCCCGCCCGAGUGGUACCUGCCCCUGUCGAUUAACGUCUUACACGCCAACUUGGCGUGCCGUGAACACAGGUAA